UUGGGGCCUGGGCGCGGCGGGGACUGAUGACAAGUUUAAUGACAACGGCAUGCAUGCAUGAUGGCGCUAGUCGAGGAAGGAACGAAGUCCGCCAAGAAGAUGAAAUCGAAGUCUCACACUGGAAUUCCCGAAGCAGUAUUCCUGGAGGAUGUCGAUGCAUUUAUGCAGAAGCCAGAGAAUGCAGACCCAACAGCAGUGGUCCAGCGUUUAGACGAGCAGCACAAUAAAUAUAAGUUUAUGGAGCUCAAUUUACUUCAAAAGAAGAAAAGAUUGAGAGCACAAAUACCAGAUAUUAAAACUACACUGGAGAUAGUACAACAUAUGAGAAGUAAACAGGGGUCUGGUGAAGAGAUGGACACACAGUUCCUAUUAGCUGACCAGGUAUAUGCUAAGGCAUCUAUACCUCCGUCUGAUAGAGUAUGCUUAUGGUUAGGGGCCAAUGUAAUGUUAGAGUACAGCUUAGAAGAUGCAGAAUCUUUACUAACAAACAACCUCACCGCAGCGAAGGAGAGUCUCCUGCAAGUAGACCACGACUUGGACUUUCUUAGGGAUCAGUACACCACCACUGAAGUCAACAUGGCACGUGUAUACAACUACGGAGUCAAGAAAAGACAAGGUGCCCAGUCAGCAAGCUAGGUGUACCCUUUUUAUCUUUACUGAUCUUCAUCUUGUAUUGACUGCAGCUUUUCCUAUGGAACAAUAUAUUAAAAGCUCUCUUCAUAUUUGUAUUGAGAUGUUUUUGGUAUACAUACGUGUAUAAGUGAGUCUAAGUAAGAGUAUACUUUUUGCAACAAAUGGAUUCUACAGACGUAUGUGAAGUUGUCUAGUUGUAGCCAGCCCUUCCUAUUUCAUAAAAGAUGGAUAAGUGGGCAUGGGUUAUGAUGUAACCAUUGCAUGGCAGUUGCAAUAACCACAAAACUUGUUUUUUUCGCGUGCACUAGCCCCAUACAGUCCAAUCAAUGUAUGGAACUGGGCCCAAUUCCAUAGUAUUGCUGACCAAAAAAAUAUUGCUCUUCAAAUUCGUGUGCUACAUGUAAUUAUACAACACCUGAAUAAAUUCCCGUCACCUGAUUGGUGGGUCGCUGAUCACAUGUCAUUGAAUUAUUCAUCUAAACCCACGGCCCGGAUGCAACGCAAAAAUAGUUCUAUUCCAUGGUACAUAGAAGUUCCAUUGCACGGUCACAUGAUUG